UUCUAUGACGUCUAAAAAAAAACCCUUACCGGGAGGGAGGAAACCGCUCUCUUCGUUAUGUUUCUGCAUCUAAGCGAUAUGCUCGCUAACGGGCGCGCUGAAAAAAGACGGCAUCGGACGCUCUGAGGCGCAGCUUUGCCCGGUUACGUGGUUGAGCGUGCAUCGAGGGAGCGGACCUGCAUUCUAAGCAAACCUAUAGACAAAAAAACGCGCCUGCAUUCUUCUCACGUCGCAAGUGCCCCUUUUUCCUUCAACCACAGCGGGGGAAGAGAGGGGAAGAGCACGGCUCAGGGAGAAACACACUGACAGAUUAUCCAACAAUUUCUAAACUACUGUUUUUCGGUUGUUCUGGAAAUUCCUCUGCAGAAGGUGAGUCGCGUGAAUUCAUUCUGGGGCUAUUUCGAAUCGCAACGGAUUAAAAAAAAAAAAAAAAAAAAAGCUGGAGGAGGAAAGCGAAUACUCACCAAAGUGAAAACUGAAACGGAUUGCACAAUAAUGCAGCUGAUUUCUACUCCGCGGUUUCAUUAAUUAAUGUGUUUUGUUUUCCUAGUCUGAUGCCGUCAAAUCUAAUAGAGGAAUGUGGUUUGCACGCGACAGUACAAUUGACAACAAGAAUUCCAAUUCGAAUAAUUCGAGCGUUUGUUCUCUGGCUUCCUAAGAUUUCGUUUCCUCGGCAGAUAUAUCCACAUAUAUAUUUUUUCCUUUGGAUGUUUUUUUUUUCCUCCUUGCACACCGCGUCCUCCUGUUUGAAUGCGAAUGCCCGGUUCUUCCACUGGCUUUUGAUUCUCAGAUCGGCUGACAUUCCUUCGCCUGUACGGGCAGCCGUCUGAAGUCACCCCGGACCGCCUGUCUGUCCUCCGGGAAGCUAUGUGAAGUUGGACCACAAUAAAAAAAACAAUGCUGUGAAGUAGCCCUGGGCUGUAACUUCAUCAGAUCGUGGAGUAAGGAUGCUGUGGAUAACUCUCUUAAGCACAAUAGCUUUAGGAUGGACCACGCCGAUGCCCAUGCUGGAGGACUCGGAGGAGAUCGACGAGCCGUGCUUCGAGCCGUGCGACUGCGAGGUCAAGGAGAGCCUGUUCCACAUCCACUGCGACGGCCGCGGCUUCACCAACGUCAGCCAGAUCUCGCAGUCCUGGACCCGGCCCUUUAAGCUGUACCUGCAGCGCAACUCCAUGCGCAAGCUCUACUUCAACAACUUCCUGCACCUCAACAGCGCCGUGGCCAUCAACCUGGGCAACAAUGCGCUGCUGGACGUGCAGGUGGGCGCCUUCAACGGCCUCGGCCGCCUGAAGCGGCUCUACCUGCACGAGAACAAGCUGGAGGUCUUCCGCAACGACACCUUCGCCGGCCUGGAGAGCCUGGAGUACCUGCAGGCCGACUACAACGUCAUCAAGCGGAUCGAGAGCGGCGCCUUCCGCAACCUGCACAAGCUGCGGGUGCUGAUCCUCAACGACAACCUGAUCCCGGCGCUGCCCGGCUUCCUGUUCCGCUCGGUGUCGCUGACGCACCUGGACCUGCGCGGCAACCGGCUGAAGUCGCUGGGCUACCGCGGCACGCUGGAGUACGUGGGCCGCAGCCUGAUGGAGAUCCAGCUGGAGGAGAACCCGUGGAACUGCGCCUGCGACAUCGUGCAGCUGAAGGCCUGGCUGGAGCGCGUGCCCUACACGGCGCUGGUGGGCGAGAUCACCUGCGAGCACCCCUUCCACCUGCACGGCAAGGACCUCCGGGAGAUCGGCCGCGCCGAGCUCUGCCCGCAGCUGUCCGCCGAGGAGGUGGAGGCCAGCCUGGGGAUCCCCCGACUGGCCUCGGGCAAGGACCGCACGUGGCCCACCAAGCCGUCCUCCAUGCUGUCGUCCAACCACAACACCGCCUCCUCGGUGGAGAACAAGGAGCGGCACCCCAAGCCCACCAGGCGGGCCCGGCCCCCGAAGGCCUCGCCCACGCCCCGGAGCGCCUACCCCGGGCCCAACCAGCCGCCCAUCGCCGGGUACCAGACCAGGCCGCCCAUACCGAUCAUCUGCCCGACUGAGUGCGCCUGCAGCCUCCACAUCAACGACAUGGGGCUGACCGUCAACUGCAAGGAGAAGGGCUUCCGCAACAUCUCCGAGCUGCUGCCGCGGCCGCUCAACGCCAAGAAGCUCUACCUGAGCGGCAACCUGAUCCAGAAGAUCUACCGCUCCGACUUCUGGAACUUCUCCAGCCUGGACCUGCUGCACCUGGGCAGCAACCGGAUAUCCUACGUCCAGGAGGGGGCCUUCGUCAACCUGCCCAACCUGAGGAGCCUCUACCUGAACGGCAACGACAUCGAGAAGCUGACGCCGGGCAUGUUCCGCGGGCUGCAGAGCCUGCGCUACCUGUACUUCGAGUACAACGUGAUCCGGGAGAUCCAGCCGGCCACCUUCGGCCUGAUGCCCGUCCUGCAGCUGGUCUUCCUCAACAACAACCUCUUACGGACGUUGCCCGUCGGGGCCUUUUCCGGGACCUCGCUGGCUCGCCUGAACCUGCGCAACAACUACUUCCUGCACCUGCCGGUGAGCGGGGUCCUGGAGCACCUGCAGGCGGUGGUGCAGAUCGACCUGCACCAGAACCCGUGGGACUGCUCGUGCGACAUCGUCCCGCUCAAGCAGUGGCUGGAGAAGCUGAGCUCCGUCAUCGUGGUGGGGGAGGUGCUGUGCCGGACUCCCGACUCCACCACGGGGAAGGACCUGCGCUCCCUGGACACGGCGCUGCUCUGUCCCGAACUCAGACGCUCUCCCCCGCCGGCGCCGGCCUCGAACAACGGCGGGGCCGCGGCCGCCACCCCGGACGGGGUCGUCUCCCCCGGCAACGCGGGGUCGUCGGGCUUCGCGCCGGCGCGGGGCGUGAUCCCGCUCUCCGUCCUCAUCCUCAGCCUCCUGGUGCUGGUGGUGUCGGCCGUGUUCGCGGCCGCCGCGCUCUUCGCCCACGUGCUGAAGCGCCGCGAGAAGCUGCCCUUCCGCAAGCGGGGGGAGGCCGAGCUGGAGGGCAUCCACAUGGAGUGCGGGAUCUUCGAGGGCAGCGGCCGGGAGCCCCUGGACGGCGGCUCCCCGGAGAAGCCGCCGGGGCACGUCUACGACUACGCGCCCCACCCCGUCGCGCACAUGUGCAGCAACCCCAUCUACAAGCAGCAGCAGCAGCAGCAGCAGGAGCAGCAGCAGUUCGCAGAGACUAAAGAGGGCGGCGGCGGGAACGGCGGCUACCGAACGCUGCGGGAGAAGGAGAAGGAGUGGACCCUGGCGCUCUCCAGCUCCCAGCUCAACACCAUCGUGGCCAUCAGUCCCGGUGGGGACGUGGUGGGCUUUCACGAAAACGGUUUGCUCUGCCCCACCGUGAUUGACAGUCAGGGCCCCACCCCGACGCUGGGGUACGUGGAGAGCCUGUACACCGUGCCCAGGUUAAAGGACCUGCACAUGGCCCACCCCCACCUGCAGGGGGCGCACUACUGCCACCCGCAGCAGGACGAGCGGCUCAAGCAGCCCGCCGUCUUGUUCGUGCCGGAGGUGGGGAUGGGGGCGGGGGCGGGAGCGGGGCCCGGGGCGGGGCCCGGGGCGGGGAAAGGAUUUUCAGACCAAGCCCAAAGUGAGUACCUUGAGUUAAGGGCGCAGCUCCAAACCAAGCCGGAUUACCUCGAAGUCCUGGAGAAAUCGUACCGAUUCUGA